AUUUGAAUCGUAUCAACUUCAUGGAGUUUGUGUGACUUAUUUUUUAACUAUGAGUGUAUAAACUUUUGUCUUUGGUACAUAAUUUUCCCAAGCAGCCUCAUGGCAGAGUCAUCAGUAGUAAAAUCAUAAACAAAUGAUCUCACAGUGGAAUCCCUUGUUGCUUUGUGGGUAGUGAUGGGAUGAGAUUUGGAGACUUCCCAUGCUGCCGUUAGCCAUUAUGAGACCACAGGCACUCAGGACUGUGUGAGAGCUGGUGCCAUCCAGCAUGUGGCAGCACUUUUAGAUUCCCCAAUUCGUGUCUCUGCUUUAAACUUCGUACAACACUCUGUAUUCAGCUCUCAUGGGCAUAACAAAUAGCAAUGCAACUCAAGAGAUUUUUCUGGCUAAAUAUGGCUACACUGAUGACAUUACAAUUCAGGAUUUUGCAUCCAAGCUGUAAAUAAAAAUGUAUCUUCAUCAAAGACUAUUUAAAUAUACAUAUCCAUGGGUACCUGUUUUUGAGUCUGGCCUUGGUCAUUUCCCAGUCCUGUUCUGCCUCUCUCUCCCUGUAACUUCUUGUUGCUCCCCACCUGUCAAAUAAAGACAAGACAGAUAAUAGAACAGAUAACAGAUAAUAUAUUUAUUCGAAGAAAUAUAUUUAUGAACUGUUCCAUGAAGGAUUCUUUGUGGAACCAAAAAUAGUUCUUCCAUUGCAAAACCCACUUUUGGAACCUUUAUUUUUAAGAGUGUGUGGUCAAGUGUUUGAUCUGGUGUGACCCAGAAACCCCAAUAAUUGAUGAAACAUAACCUUUCCUUAUAUUUUCCUGUAUCCUGUUAAUUCCUCUAUCCCUGCAAUUAGCUAUAAAACCUUGAAGCUUUUUUGAGAGCCAAGUGUCCCCAUGCAUCUCUGCGAAGGAGCCUCUCCAAACGACCAGAUUUUCUUUUGUUGGUUUGUUUGAGGCAAAUUACAUUAUGAGCUCCAUCAGCCUCUUCAGCCGUGUAGGAUGCUAAAGUGGUGCUCGCCUAGCAACCGCAAGGCUCUUCAGAUGAUGCGGCAUCUCCCUGGCAACCUGCCUGGCAGGGGUCACUGCGGUCAGGCUUCUGUGAACCCCCCAACUCCUAUCCCAGUGCGAGGCGGGCCUUUUACAUUGGGGUGAGUGUGUGUUUAGAGCGCGUGUGCCGUGGUGUGGAGGAGGUGUGUGUGUAUGUGUGUGUUGGGAGCAGCAGAGUGGGGAAGCUUGAGUGUUUGUGGAGCUCAGGGAGGAUAAACGGACACAGUCAUGCCUGUCAAAGGAAUCCGUUUCUGGGGCUACAGGAAAAGGAGAAACCCUUACUCAGCUGUAUCUAAUCUGGAUGAAGAGAAAAAGUGGACUGUGCACUACACGGCUCCAUGGCACCAGCAGGAGAACGUCUUUCUGCCGGGCUCCAGACCGGCCUGUGUGGAAGACCUGCACCGCCAGGCCAAAGUGAACCUGAAAACGGCUCUCAGAGAAUGUGAUAAACUGAGAAAAGACGGCUUCCGCAGCUCACAGUACUACUCACAGGGGCCUGCCUUCUCAGGCUCCACAAACUCCCAACAUGAGGACGAGGAUAUUGAAGGUGAUGACGCUGAUAAAAAGUCCACAGCAUCUUCAGGAGAGGAAGAGAAAGACACCUGCCAAAUGAGAGCACAGAGUCCAGCGCAGGUGGAGGGGGUUGAUGUUGAUGGACAAAUGUCACGGUCCAAAGCUCCGCCCCUGCCCACUCCAGAGGAGAAGAUGAGGCAGCAGGCUCAGGCUGUUCUCACAGAUAUUGUCCCCAUCAAUGUCACAGGAGAGACGUUUGACAGGCAGGCCAGCAUCCGCCGCUCCCUAAUAAACACUGACACUCUGGUCCGUCGGCCCAAGAAGGUUAAGCGGAGAAAGACUAUUUCAGGGGUACCUGACAGCGUCCAACAGGAACUAGCGGCUAAAGGGUGUGGAGGAGAGCUUCGGCCACAGUCCAUGUUUAUCCCUGGACAGUAUUCAACACUUGGGCGAGUCAUAAAUGGGAAUUCAACUCUCCGUCAAUCUAUAACAAAGGAUUCUGGCUGCCAGACUGAGAAUGUGAAAAUUGUCCCACCCUCUGUGAGAAGAAUACGGGCUCAGAAGGGCCAAGGAAUUGCUGCUCAGAUGGCUGGCAUCUCCACCUCUGCCACAAACAUCUCUUCUGUUUCUGAUGGGAGCUCCACUGGAAAUUCAAUUGUUGUAAUGGCUCCACAGUUUGGCAAUGAUAUCCAACGUUUUCACAGCUUGCCACGAGGUGCACGGGUCUCUCUUAACGCAGAGCCCCUUUACAGUAGCACCCCUUUCAGACAAGAAGACUCAACUGCAAAAGCAACUCAACAGAUUAGAAAAUUACAAGUAGAUGAUACUGUGGUGCACAUGAGGAAUGCCCCCAGGGUAUGCACCCAUGCACGGCCAAAAUCUCAGGAGGUUAGAGGUACUCAAGGGGAGUGGGGAUCUGUCUCAGGUCCAGCCUGUGUAGUUUCUCCACAUGCAGCCUACUCAACCUCCCUUAUACCCAAUGCUACUCUAUCAUGUUCUGCUGAGGUUAUUGCACUUCACACCACAUCAAGCCCUGGCCAGAGCCCACUUGCUGGGUCACCGUACACUAAAGCUAGACCUCUUAGCAUGGUCUCAGCUGUCAACAGUGAGAGCACCAGUAGUGUGGGCACAGGAUCACACACACCAGAAGCAGGCAUGAAGGAUACCUGCAGUGAGACUGGCCAGUCUGAUAGUAGUUUGCACAGCCACAGCACUCUUGCCGCAGGAACAUUGUCUUCAGAAGAGCAAUGGAUUUACGACACUCCUGAGAAUGUCUUGCCCAGAAGGACACUAUCUUCCAGCUGCUCAACACCUGUAAAUCAUCUCUAUAGUAGCCUGGAACGCUCCUCAAAAGGUACAGACUCUAGUUCGCUCUACUCAAUGGACAAUGAUGGCUACUACACUUCCAUGCAUCUGGAUUCAGGCCUUAGGUCAAGGAGCCAGGGUAGCGGCCAUUGUCAUGGCAUAGGAGGAAGAGCAGCAAGACACAGUAUGUAUGAGUGCCUGGGUCAACAAGAAGACCGAAACAGCUUGUACAGUGACCGGUCAUUGUCACGUUCCAUUUCUCUACGCAAGCCCAAGAAACCACCUCUUCCACCAGCACGCACAGACUCUCUACGACGAAAGCCUAAAAAAGCCAGUUCUCCCACUGCCAGUAUUGGACAGUCAAAUAUUAGCAAUGGUCCUCUUCUCAAUGAGUCAUUGAUUGCCACGCUCCAACAGUCACUUCAGAAUGGGCUGAAAGGCAAAGGGUCCUCCACUUCACCAUCUCACAGUCCUUGUAGUGACUAUGAGGACCCCUGGAUGCUUCGUUCCAGGAGUCAGAGCAGCAUCAGUGCAGGCAGCAGUGGUGUAUCAGCUACAGGGAUGGCUCAUGUGUACUCCAUUUGUCACGUCACACCUUCUCAUAGUGACACUAGUAGCCUCCGUUCUGAUUAUGCAGACUCCUGGGGCUACUACAUGGAGUACCCUCGUCCAUCAGGAGAUCAGACACAGUUACCAUGCACCAAUACACUUUCUGCUGGACAAGUGGUUGAGAUGGCAAAUGCAAAAAGCCUCCACAAUGGUAACCAGGCUAAUCUUCCUUCUGCUCAGGAAGGAAGUGAUGUGUGUGUGAAGCCCAGAACAGGCACCUCAUCACCGGAUCGGGUACACCGGUUGACUUCUCCAUCAAGUGGAUACUCGAGUCAAUCCAACACUCCAACAGCUGGUACUCCUGUUCCCUCCUUCAUGAGAUGCAUGUCCCCAUCAGGCAAGCCCAAACCCAGAGUUCCUGAAAGAAAAUCAUCCUUGCUUUCAUCUGUAUCCAUAUCAUCUUCUUCCACUUCUCUUUCCUCCAACACCUCUGAUUCCAACAGGAACAAUGUUCCUCCUCCACCUCCUCUUCAAGCUGGCCCUGUAACUCUUGUACCUUUUAAUCAUCCAUCCUUUCCUCCUCCCCCUCCACCCUCCAUGCCUGUUUGCACUAUAGACCAGAAAUUUCCUCCUCCACCACCUCCUUUACCCACAACCCCCCAUCAACAAGCAUCCAUGAGCCUUCCUUACAUCAAUUCCUCCCCUGAAUUUCCACCACCUCCACCUCCAGAGGUGUUGACUGACCCUGUCUUGUCAAGCCUCAAUAGUUCUUUCAGUCCUCCACCACCUCCUCCACCACCACCGCCUGCUUUUUCUACCAUUCCUGCUUAUUCUCAACCCCAAAAUCAACACCUACCCAGCUUGACACCACCUACACCUUCCUCUGCUUGCUUAAAGGAAAUUAAAGGUAGCCUAAAACCAGUGAACCUAGAAAGAAAACCAGAGCCCCCUCAUUCUGAGGAGCCUUGUAAGAUUGGCAUGCCUCUCAUCACCCCCUUUGCCCUUCAGAGUGUGCAGCUUCGGCCAUCAAAACGGCCAGAAAACAAUGGAGUUAUCCAGUUAGCCAGACCCCAAACCCCAGAGAAGUCUCAAAAACCAGAGCAUCCCACAGUUCCUCAGGGGAUCCUUUGCAUAUCUCCAAAUAUAAGGCCAUUAUCUCCACAGAAAAAACUCUACAUCCAGCACAGUCAGGGUAGCCAUGUUGAAGCAAAACCUGACGGUGUUAUAUCUCAUUCUGAACAGUCAUCCUGCCUUACAAAUGGUUCCAUAGAUCCUGAUGAGGUUAAGGCCACAUCUGAAGUAGAUGGUCUUGAGACUGCCCUUGCAUCACCGGUGGAAACACCACAAAACACUACACCCAAGAAGAAGCCUCCUGUGGUCUCCAAAAAGCCCAAGUUUUCUCUAAUCUUUUCCUCAGUGGAUCAUGUCAGUGAUUUGCUGAGUGCUCAGAAUGACGAUAACAUCUCUACAUCUCCAACAUCUCCAGCUAAAGAACUGGACCCCACACCUGUGCCAGAACAGGAAGAAAAGACAAUGGAGAAGCAUAUCAUUGACAUUUCUGCACCCCCUGAGGAGAUUUCUCCCACAAAUGGUGACGCUCAAGACUUCUCCCAGAUUCCUAGUACCAUCAUUCCUGAUGCAGACAAGGGCACCUCUGAAGCAGAGGAUGAAGAAAGAGAUGAUGAAGGUGUAACCAGCAGUACAGGAUCUUUUGGCUCUAAAGAUGAUGAAAGUGGUGAGGUGUUUGAGUCCAGCACACUGGACGUCGCUCAAUCUCCCAGCAUCAACAGCGACAGCUGUAGGGACAUGGUGACCCCCACACGGCCCCGCACCACAGAGGACCUCUUUGCUGCCAUUCACAGCCAGGACCAGUUGAUCAUGAACAACCCCCAACAUAUGAGGUCGAAGCGGAAGGUUCUGGGGCGCAAGGAAUCUGAAGAGGACCGUUCACAAGGUCCUUUAUCCCCACCAGUCACCCCUACAGGAAUAGCCCCCGGCUUAACUUCCCCUGUGCCACGGCAAACAGGCUCCAUCCAGCGCAGCCUGCGCAAAUCCGCGACCAGCAGCGACACCUUCAAAGCCCUCCUGCUAAAGAAAGGCAGUCGCUCUGAGACCAGCUUCCGCAUGUCUGCUGCAGAGAUGCUGCGCAGCACCGACCCACGAUUUCAGAGGGCUCACUCUCUCGACUCCUCAUUUGAUCCAGCAUCUCCAACGGGUGAGAGCCCCUGCUCUUCACCGGGCCGGAGCAAGAGGACACCUGAGGACUGGGUCCGCAAUGAGGGAAUGUUCUCAACGUCCCCAUCGUUAAUCGGUCCGAAGUAUGGCCGAUCUCGCACGCCGCCCUCCGCCGCCAGCAGCAAGUAUAACGCCCGCAGCCGGAUCCUCAGCAGCCCCAUGACUGUUAUUUGCGAGAGGGAUGGAGAAUUCGCUGACUCUGAAGAAACAUGCCCUGUUCCUCCAUCAAACAUGCCCCUUCCCAUUUCUCAGGACUCUAACAGCACUUUAUGUGAGCAGAGCAGUAGUUAGAAUACCAAACGGCUCCUUGGCAAAGGCAGAAUGUCUUCUCGGCACCAGAGAUUGACUGAGGGCAGAGGACCAGGAAAGGCUGAACUCUAGAAGGUCUUGCCACCCGCUAAUCCAGACAGCGCUGUCUGAUGUUGUAGCGUUGGCUACGACUUGAGGAUCUAAGGUAGAUCAAUCAGUCAGCUCAAGCAGUAGAUGAGAUACUGCUGUAACUGUAGUUCUUUAGAAAAAGAAAAAACAACAACAAUCUAAUCCAAUUUGACUUUUUUGGAGAAAACUCCACUUUCAGUGGCAAUACUAAAUGCAUCUUUCCAAAGCUUAGCAAUUAAUUCUUUCCAUUCUUCAGCAGUAACAGAUUUGCAUGGGUGUUUUUUGGUGAAGCAGUUAACGAAAGUUGUAAUGAAGGAAUUACUAUGUGACUGCUUGUUUUGGCUGUAGUAGUUCAAGUUGAUGGAUAUUUUGUCUGCGUCAUGGGAGCGUCACAUCUCAAACUUCACUGAGGCAGCUCUGUCAGCGCCUUACCGCUUGAGUACGCCGGUCUACAAAGACCAAGAUAAAGAGUACACUGACCGAUUCCUACAAGAGACUAUCUUUCCGUACUGUUCAGACCAUAGAAAGUGUCUGGAAUGGAAAAGGAAUUGUGAGUCGAGGGAUUGGAGCAAUGACGGCUUGUUUGUGGAAACAUUUGUGUUUGGUUUAUGGUGUGUAGGUUUGCACUGUGUUCAUCGUCGUCUUUUAUUUGUCAUUUAAAAAGCAUUGUGUCUGUGUUGGUUAUUUUAAAGAGUUAAUUCUGACAUCUUACUUGAAACAAAUGACUGGUUUACUUAAAAUUGUGUUGGUUACCAAAGAGUCGAAUGGGACACUCUUAACAGCCUGAGUUCUGUUCUGUUAACAUCUAGCGAAAGUAACCACUUAAUUACUAAUCCUCCUGUUUACCUGUCGAGCGUUUUCUUUUGCAGUUUUAUAAUGUUUUUUAUGUAUAUACCUACAGAAAUGUUAAGUAACGCCUGGCCUUAUUUUCAAAGAAUUUGUAUAUUUUAGAAACCUAGGAGUGGCUUCCUUUUGUAGAGUAUUUAUUUUACAAAUAGCCAGAAAGUGGUUUGAUAUACUGUAGCUGGAGGUGGGCUUUAUGGGAUGGAGGUGAAUGAGGUGAAAUUAGAUGGGACAGAUGUGUGGUCAAGAGACUUUACAUCCAAAUUCACCAGUCACAGAAUUUCUAUUUUGGUCCUUCACCCAUCCUACCGAUGUAAACGCAGAUCAGAAAAGCAGAAGAAAGAAUGAUGGUAAAGAGGAAGCAAGCUGCUAACUCUCUAGAGUAUGUCUCUGUAAUAAAACAUGGUGAUAUUUAAAAAUUG